GGUUUUGAUGGCGGCUAUGGUGGCAGCAUGGGCGGAGGAGGGUAUAUGCAGUCACCAGGAGGCUUUGGCUCCCCUGCACCUACACAAGGAGAAAAAAAAUCUAGGUCCAGAACGCAGCAAAUUGUUCCCUGUACAGUUUCCCAGUUGCUGUCUGCCACCCAAAGCGAUGAACUCUUUAAGAUAGGAGAGGUGGAACUUUCGCAGGUUACGAUAGUUGGCAUAGUGAGACAUGCAGAAAAAGCACCAACAAACAUCUUGUAUAAAGUAGAUGACAUGACUGCAGCUCCGAUGGAUGUCAGACAAUGGGUGGAUACUGAUGAAGCAAGCUGUGAAAAUGUAGUUGUGCCUCCUGGAAGUUAUGUGAAAGUAUCAGGUCACCUUCGUUCCUUUCAGAAUAAAAAGAGUGUAGUUGCUUUUAAGAUUGCUCCUGUUGAAGACAUGAAUGAGUUUGUGUCACACAUGUUGGAAGUUGUUCAUUCUCAUAUGAGUCUCAACACUCAGCCUGGGGGCGGUGGGUCAUCUUUAGCACUCAGUACACCUGGUCGCGUGGGCAUGGAUACUGGCGGCAGCUUCUCUGGAGGAAAUGAUAUGCAUACAAAUGGACUGACACCCCAUCAGAGCCAGAUUUUGAAUCUAAUAAGAAGCUGUAAAGGAAGUGAAGGCAUGGGCUUUGAAGAUCUAAAAGCAAGACUGCAUGGAAUGAAUGUGAAUACUAUCAAACAAGCUUUGGAGUUCCUCAGCAAUGAAGGUCAUAUUUAUUCCACUGUAGAUGAUGACCAUUAUAAGUCAACAGACGGUGAUUAA